AGGCGCGCGCGCGGUGGAGCGUCAUUCGGCGGCGGCGCGAGAUGAACUUGCAAUAAUGACUGGAGUGAUUUUAACCUUAUUUAUCGUGUUAGUUAAUGUCACAUCAUGAUCAUGAUGUGUUUGUUUUGAGGUUAAGCUUCACUUUAAUCAUAAUCUUCGACUCAGGAAGCAGAAGAGCUCGGAAUAUCGAUCCGUGACCGAUUAUUGAUCAUCAUGCCGCCCAUCGAGAAUGACGCGGGUCGCGAGCAGAUCCGAUUGAAAAUCAAGGAGCUGAUCGAUUCCAAUCAAGUGCUGGUGUUCAGUAAGAGCUUCUGUCCUUACUGCGUCAAGGUGAAGGAACUGUUUAAAGAGCUGAAUGUCAAGUGUAAUACCAUAGAGCUGGACUUGAUGGAGGAUGGAACCAACUACCAGGACUUACUGCAUGAGAUGACCGGGCAGAAAACAGUCCCCAACGUCUUCAUCAACAAGAAACACAUCGGAGGCUGUGACAACACUAUGAAGGCACACAAAGAUGGCAUCUUGCAGAAGCUGUUGGGUGAAGAGAGUGAGGUGUACGACUAUGAUCUCAUCGUCAUCGGUGGUGGUUCUGGCGGUCUGGCAUGUUCAAAGGAAGCAGCUGCCUUUGGCAAGAAGGUCAUGGUUCUAGAUUAUGUUGUUCCCACACCAAAGGGCACAACCUGGGGUCUGGGUGGCACAUGUGUGAAUGUGGGCUGUAUUCCUAAGAAACUGAUGCAUCAGACGGCCCUGCUGAGCACAGCCAUGGAGGAUGCACGCAAGUUUGGCUGGGAAUUCAGUGAUCAAGUGACACACAACUGGGAGACGAUGAGGACUGCAGUGAAUAACUACAUCGGUUCAUUGAACUGGGGCUACAGAGUUUCCCUACGAGACAAAAACGUCAAUUAUGUCAACGCCUACGCUGAGUUUGUGGAGCCGCACAAGAUCAAGGCCACAAACAAGCGUGGUAAAGAGACGUUUUACACCGCAGCUAGGUUUGUCCUGGCGACAGGAGAGCGGCCUCGUUACCUGGGUGUCCCAGGAGACAAAGAGUACUGCAUAACCAGUGAUGACCUGUUUUCAUUGCCCUACUGUCCCGGGAAGACUCUUGUUGUCGGGGCGUCAUAUGUCGCUCUGGAGUGUGGGGGUUUUCUGGCCGGUUUGGGGCUGGACGUGACCGUCAUGGUUCGCUCCAUUCUGCUGCGAGGAUUCGACCAGGACAUGGCUAACCGUGCAGGAGAUUACAUGGAGAUGCAUGGGGUCAAAUUCCUCAGGAAGUUUGUUCCGACCAAGAUCGAGGAGCUGGAAGCUGGAACUCCGGGACGACUUAAAGUGACAGCCAAAUCAACCGAGAGUGAUGAAAUCUAUGAAGGGGAAUACAACACUGUGUUGAUCGCAGUGGGUCGUGACGCCUGUACAGGAAAGAUCGGUCUGGACAAAGUUGGAGUUAAAGUCAAUGCCAAGAACGGGAAGAUUCCAGUGAAUGAUGAGGAGCAGACCAACAUUCCUCACAUCUAUGCCAUUGGAGACAUCUUGGAGGGGAAGUGGGAGCUCACGCCUGUGGCCAUUCAGGCCGGGAAACUCCUGGCUCGCCGACUGUACGCUGGAUCAUCUUUGAAGUGCGAUUACGUGAAUGUUCCCACCACUGUCUUCACUCCUAUGGAAUACGGCAGCUGUGGUCACCCGGAGGAGAAGGCCGUGGAGAUCUACGGACAGGAGAACAUCGAGGUCUAUCACAGUCUGUUCUGGCCUCUGGAGUUCACUGUUCCUGGCCGAGACAACAACAGGUGCUAUGCCAAGAUCAUCUGCAAUAAACUUGACAACGACCGUGUGAUUGGCUUUCACUAUCUGGGUCCUAAUGCUGGAGAGGUCACACAGGGCUUCGGAGCUGCUAUGAAGUGUGGGAUUACCAAAGAUCAGCUGGACAACACCAUCGGGAUACACCCCACCUGUGCCGAGAUAUUCACCACGAUGGAGGUCACCAAAAGCUCUGGCGGUGACAUCACUCAGUCGGGCUGCUGAGGUUAAACCCUGCUCGUUUAAUAGGCUGUCAGUACUAGUUUAAACUGCUAGUUUAUUCUAGUGAUUUAUCCCUCUCCUCUCCGCUUAAACACACUCGAGUCUCUUUCUAGGAAUCUGGAGGUAGAACAUCAUGAUGUUUCACUGCUUACAGAAGGCUUUUGUGUCUCGUUCCCUUUCACCCUUUACAAACCAUGUGGUCGUUUCCACGUGUGCUGGAAGGGUCUAGUGGGGGCGGAACAAUAAGACAUGACAGCUCUUCAGGGGCAGGGCUUCACUUGCAGUAGAGACCAAUGAUUGGGAGAGGAAUGAUGAUUGACGGCCUGUUAGACAGCGGGGUUACUCUGCUCAAAAUCAUUGUCCAAGUCAGAAAUGCACCAAAUGCGUCUGUGAUUUAUCUUUUCUUUCAUACAUGCGCACUUGGUGCUCUGUGACGUUUUAGCCCAUAACCCACAUUCAGUGGUGGACUACGACUGAUGUCUUUCUGCACUUGGACUUUAAAUAGGUGAACACGUUAACAUGCGCACUCUGGACUGGACUGAUCUGUAGCAUUCAGGCUCACAAGGUCUGCAUACUUUUGUUUUAUUUGGUUGUAGAAGACUAUUUUUCUAUAUUUAAUAGUGGGUUUGUCAUCAGUUGCUCGUCAACAUUCCACGUCAGGAUUCUAGUAAGAGGGAUUUUACUUCCCACUUAUUUUCUAAUUUAGCGGUCGAAUAACUAAGAGAUGUGAUCGAAGCGCAAACCAAACGCAGCAUGUAGAUGCUUCCUUGUGAAAGUAUUUAAAGUAACGGGUGUCACUAAGAUGAAAUGGCAAACUCAUGGUUUGUGAUGCCUGUUAAAGCACUUAGAAAUAUCAAUAAAAUGUGUAUGUUCAUAUUUUUAUAAAUAUAUAUAUUUACAUCACUGGAUUCCAUGUAUCUGUAUAGAGGUUUCAUUCAAAAAUAAAUGCAUGUCUAUUUGUUUGCUGUUUAUUUGCUUUCUGGAUUAUUUGAUGUCCUUCAGUCUUAAGUUAUUCACUCCCUUCUGCUUUCUAAGGAUUGUUUAAGAGUCAAAGAUCAAUGUCAAUAUUUCCAUAGUAUUGCUCUUCUGCUCUGUUCAUGAUCUUUAAUAAAACUAUGUACACAACCUGAA